GGAUUUAUAUGUGCCCGGGGAAGACCUUAAGGCCUUUUUUGAUCGCCUCUGCUGGAAAAAGAGAUUAUUUUUCGUCGUUAGCAGCUGCAAACCUGUUGCAAGAGACGCAAGCAAAAAUUCAAGGAGAGAAAACUCAGGCUAAAACCAGGGAGUGAUAAUGGAUUUUUAUGAUCCUCAGACAUUGGGUGUCAUGGUCUUUGGAGGAUUCAUGCUGGUCUCAGCCAUUGGAAUUUUCCUGGUGUCUACCUUUUCCAUGAAAGAGACAUCUUAUGAAGAAGCCCUGGAGAAGCAGCGCAAGGAGCUAGAGAAAACCAGCCAGCACAAGGUAGAGAAGAAAAAGAAAGAGAAACCUGCUGAGAAGAAAGGGAAAGCUAAAAAGAAGGAGGAGAAACCUAAUGGAAGAAUAUCUGAUCCAGAUCUCUGUCUGGAUGUUUCUGAUGCAAGCCCCGAGUCUGCUUUGGUCAUUGAACCAAUAGUCUCUGAGUCACCUAAUAUGCCACUUUCAACAAUGCCUCAGGAAAGGGAGAAGACUACCCAAUCUCCUAAAGACAAGAAAAAGAAAGAAAAGAAAGUGGCAAAGGCAGAAUUGACUCCAGGCCUGGCAGUUUCUUCUCCACCAACCACUGUAUUAAAAUUACAAGUUUCUGAUAUGGCUCCCAAGGAAGUAUCAGUAAUUACUGUUCCAUCAGGUGUGGCUCCUCUGACUUCUCCAGUAACAGAAGCUCUUGGAAUCCAAGAACAUGAUGGAGCUUAUAAGAAGAAGGCCACUGCCAAAAAGAAAAGAGAAUCAAGUGAGCUCUCCUCCUGUUGCUCUGUUGGAAGGUUGCCAAUGCCGCCGUCCUCUUCACUAUCCAAAGUUACUGCAGAUGUUGAGAGCACACUUUACCUCCCUUACAAGACCUUGAUUUCCACAAUUAGCAACAUGGUUUUUGGGGAAGGCGAAACUCAGCAGCUGAUUGAAAUCCUUACUGAGAAAGCCGGAGGUGUUCAGGACACAUGGCAUACGGCAACUCAGAAGGGUGAUCCAAUUGCUGUUCUGAAACGUCAGCUAGAAGAGAAAGAAAAGCAACUUGCAACUGAGCAGGAAAAUGCAAUUGUUGCAAAAGCUAAACUGAGAGAACUUACCAAGGAACUUGCAGCUGAAAAAGCAAAGACUCUUAUUGUUGAGAACAAAUUGAAGGAGCAACUUCUGACACAUGAGCAAGAGAUGGCUGCUGUACAAGUCCGUAUGCAGGCUAGUUACCAGGAUCAUGUGACUGAGACCCAACAGUUGCAAGGAAAGAUUCGAAUUCUACAAGAACAGCUGGAGAAUGGCCCUAAUACCCAACUUGCUCGCUUGCAGCAAGAAAAUUCCAUUCUUAGAGAUGCUUUAAACCAAGCCACAAGCCAGACUGAGAGCAGGCAAACUGCUGAACUGGCCAAACUGCGUCAGGAAUGUAGCAAACGAAGCAAAGAGCUGACUGAAAUGUUGGAGACGCUACAGCAGGUAGAAGAGCAAAAAAAGACACUGGAGAUUAAAGCUGUUGCAUAUGAAGAGCAAAUUUACCAGCUCCAGGUAUCCCAGAAAGAGAAAGAGGCUCCUCUGCAGAAGAGGCUGGAUGAGAUCAGCGAGGAACUCUGCAAAUCCCAGGCUAGCUACAAAAGCUUGCAGACAGAGCUGGGAAAGACAAAAGAGCAGCAGUCCAGCCUUGCUGAACUUACAUCCAAACUGCUCCAUUCUGAAAUGGAGGUGAAGAAUAAGAUGGAGGAGCUGAAUAGUUUACAAGCAGAACUGUCAGAAGCCACUUCCAUAAAUGUACAGUUUGCUGAGAGGAUUAAACUGACUGAAGCCCUCCUGAAGAAAAGCGAGACGAGAGAAGGGGAGAAACACCCAAAUAUACAGGCAGCAAAUAAAACAGAAUUGAGCUUGAUGCAAUUAAGACUGCAGGAAUCAUCCACACAAGUCUCUGCAUUAAAGAAGGAAGCUGCAGAAUUAAAUGAUACAGUCGAACAGCUGAAAUUAAAAAACAAUGAGCUCCGAGAAAAGAAUUUGGAAGCCAUAGAAGCUCUGACUUCUGUAGAAAAGUCAUGUGAAGAAAAGCUGCUCUCUUCAUCUAAAGAAAAGGAAGCAUUGGAGCAGCAACUUUGUGUGAUUCAGGCACAAACAAAGCAAAUGCUCUUGUCUCUUUUCCCACAGGUCAUGUUAAGUGAUGAACAGGUUUACAAUGAAUGGUUGCAGCAAUUCAGAGAAAAAGCUUCUCUUCUGCAACAGAAGAGUGUGAAGGCAGAAUCUGAGAUGGCACUUUCAUUAAGAGAAGCAGAUGAGGCACUGAGCACUUUGCAAGCAGAAUGCAGUCAGUAUAGGACCAUUCUUGCAGAGACAGAAAGGAUGCUCAAGGACUUGCAGAGGAGUGUGGAGGGGGAAGAGCAGGUGUGGAAAGCAAAGGUGGCUGCAUCUGAAGAGGCACUUCAGAAGUCCAAAGAUCAAAUAAAAUGCCUUGAAGAUGAUGUGGAGAAAUUCAAGAUAGAGCUCCAGAACACAGACAAGCUAAAAGAGUACACUUCCCUUUUGGAAGCACAAGUGGAAAAUCACUUGGCAACGGCCAGCUCUGAACGCCAGAAUUACACAAAAGAAGUUGAAGUUCUAAGACAACUCUUAUGUGAAUCCCAGGAACAUUUGGAUGCAACAAAAACAGAAGUACUCAAACAAAGCCAGGAACUUGCACAGGUCAGGCAACAACUGAGUGAGAUGAAGAGUCAUGUUCAUGAAGGAGAAGUAGGGUCACAGGCUGACUCAAGCACACAACAGCCCCUCAAGCUGAAAAAACAGUUGGCACAAACUGAAGCUGACUUGCAGAAUGAGCACAUUCUGAGGGAGAAGUUGGCAGAAGAGUUUGAGAUGGCUCAGAAUUCAGUGUGCAGCUUGCACAUUGAACUGGAAAAGCUCAGACUUGAUGGAAAUGUUGCAUCUUCUACAACAGAAAAUAUACUCGAAUUGCAGGAAAGGCUAGGAAAAGAGAAGAAGUUAACAAAGGACUUGGGAUGUGCAGCUACCAAACUAAAAGAGCUUUUGAAGGUAACCCAGGAGCAGUUGGCCAAGGAAAGAGAAACAGUUCAAAAGUUACAAGAAGAGCUUCAGGAAAGGGGAGAAAAUGAAGGCAGCGCCACAGAAGGAACUUCUGUUUGACAAAUCAAAGCCAGGACAUUCCUCAACUAUACCUUUGUUAACUGAAGAAAGAAACAAAAAAUACAUUAGUGAUCUGGAAAUUACCAAUUUUUAGGGUCUUUUAAAAAAUUAAAUAAAUAACCUUUAUGGUUGUGGUUAUGCAGGAAUCAGUCUGAUAAAGAAACUCUAACUACAUUAAUUAUUGGGAAUUAAUGGAACUACAGUGGAGAAUAGCCUCUCUUUCUCUCCAUUCUUAGAAGUAGCUGUUGUCAAGUGUCCUUGUAAAUUAAUGCAAUUAAAUAAUUGUCACUGCUAAA